AUGUGUGCAAACAUCUGGACACAACUCCGCAGCUUCACAGUGGCAAAAAAAGUUACAGUUGCGGCUAAUAGCUUGAUCUUUUUCGGAGAAGAGUUAUCAAAUAAUUCUGAAUUCUUGAGUGCUGUGCUGGAUUAUCCCGAAGAUCUGAUGAUUACUGCAGAGGUCCUUCGCUUUAUGCCAGACUCUUUGGCUCCGCUGGUAGCUCCAGUCCUGAUGAGGAAUCACAAGGCAUCAAAAACUUUGGUAGAUCAUUUAAUGCUCGUGGUGGAAGACCGGCCCAAGCCAGUCGACUGCAUCGAAUUUUUCAUCGAUGCAAAUUCACUCAAGAACGAGUGGUCGGCACAAAAGAUAGUCCAAGUAAUUAUGGGAAUUUGGUUCGCGGUCGUUCACCAGCCAGCCCUCAGUAUAGUAUAUGCGUUGGAAGAUCUUUGUGAACAUCCAGAAUAUGUGGGACUGCUCAGAGUCGAGCUAGCGGAGAUGCUUUCGGCCAAUGAAGAAAAUCUUGAUUCGUUACCUCUACUCGACAGUUUUUUGAAAGAAUCCUCGCGCCUCCACCCAUCAGACUCUAUUUCAGUCCGAAGGAAAGUUCUUCAGCCUUUCACUUUCUCGGACGGAACUUGUCUGCUUCCGGGAGACGUGGCUUGUAUACCAUUACAAGCCAUCAUGCGUGAUUCCACUUACUACUCGGAUAGCUUAACAUUCAACGCGUUCCGCUUCAUUGACGAGAAUAGAACCAAGAAUCUAUCGAAAUUCAUAGAUACAAGCUCGACGUACCCUCUCUGGGGCUUGGGAAAACAUGCCUGGUAA